UUAGGGAGGGUAGGUAAACCAAACACACACAAAUUUAAAUUGACUCAACUAUGUCUACUAAUUUCAGGCUAUAAAACGAUGGACAGGCAGAUUUCAGAUGUUUAUAACAUAUGUCGUGAUUUGAAUUCUGAACGAGGUCCAGAACGUAGGAAAGCUGCUGUGAAGCUGAAAAAUGUACUAUCCCAUUCAGCGACUAAAAAGGCACUGGACAAAAGCCAUGAGAAGAAGCUGUCGUCUAAGAGUUCAAGCAAGAUUUUCUCAUGGGAAAGUGUGUUUAGGUCUGUGAGUAUUUAUGUUACCAUGGAAACAGAAGAGCUUCAGAAUGCCAACCAGGAAGUCUCGCGUACAACACUCAGCAACAGAGAGUCCAGAAAACAAGAAAUAAGUGCACUUGUGAAACAUGUGAUUAGGCUUGCUGACAAAGGAAGCCCAAAGUUAAAGGGUAGUCUGUUAUUUGAUCAUAUACGAAAGAUUUUACAUGAGGAAUAUACACUUGACUCAUACGGGCAAGAUUACUGUAGUAUACUACUGAAGAAUGUCUUGUCAGUCAGGAAAUAUAUGGUGGAAUUAAACACGAAAGAAUGGCAUGAGCUUCUGUUUAUGUUUUUCAAGCUUUUUAAUGAAGCAGAUGUGAAGAUAGACAAGCUUGUAUUGUCACAGAUUAUUCAUUCUCUAAUCAAUGGAGUAACUUCACAAUGUGAUGUCAGACCAAAGAAAAUUCUAGCUUUCUUCACAGAAUUCUUUUCCAGAGCUAAAUAUCAGAAAUCUUCAUUGUUGUUACAACAUAUGCUGUCAGCUUUAAAUGUGUUCAUAGAGAGCAUAGGGCCAACAUCACGAGUUCAAGUGUGUAAGCUGGGAGAAGAGAUUGUACCAAAAUUGCCAUACCUAUGGCAUAAUGUCGCAUCAGAGGAGUUAAAGGAUGAGUUGUUGAAGUUUUUGCAGACACAGAUGUGGUGUCAUCACCCUAACGGCCUGAAGAAUGGCUCGCCUGGAGCUUACGCUGUUGACUGGGACAAAUGGAUGAGUAAUCUCAAGAAGUUGUAUGAAUUGAUGUAUUCAGAGAUUCAGCAAAUGGGACCUUCAAGAAAUAGGGGGAAAAUACAGGAGUUGAAGUUAGCAUUUGUAGAUUUAGCAGUAGAUGUUUGUCAACAGAUUUUUUCUGAAAGUUCACACAUGAUUGAAGUCACCCAGAUCUCCUGUACUGGCAGUGACGGGCAAACAGGACCGAGUGCUAAGAAACGAAGAUUGGAAUCUGGCUGGGAUUCCAUUAGGAACUUUAUCAUUUCUGCAGGACAGACCCCUAAAAUGGUUCCUUGGUUACAGCUUGUUACAGGCCUUGUAUCAAAGUAUACUGAUAGUAUUCCAAGAGAUGAGGUUAUACCAUAUUUGUUAUGCCUGUCACAUGCACUCUCAGACUGUAAAAGGACAGAUCUGAUGGUAUACAUAAUGAGGUGUAUUAAGUCAUUUGUCGUCAGCUGGGAUACAAUUGUUGCCAUGGAAACAGAUACGCUGAUAGAGCAAGCAAAAUCUACAUGGAAUCAAAUAUGGAUGGUUACUUUGAGGUUUGUGAGUCUACAUAAUGCUGAACCAGAGGGAUAUGUUUUGCUUUCUGCCAUGAUUGAGGCACGCCUGGUUACACCGAGGAAGGAUAUCUGGUCCAUCUUUAUGCCAUCAUUAACACGUCCCAUCACUGAAUCUGUAAUAUUUCUAUGCCAGUGUUUAGAAUACUGUGAUUUUCCUGAAAAUUAUGUGCCAAAUUUAGCAGUCACCAUUGCGUCUGCUUCAGCGGACGUUAAAUUUCCUCUUAGAAAACAGCUUCUUCAAUGGUUGCUGCCUUCAAGAGAUGAUGAAACUGAAGGGUCAAGGUCACAUUGUAAGCUGAAUCCUAAUUGGACAGCUCAUGCAUUAAUGACAUUGACCUUGAGAAAUCUCACUGUUAGGUUGACUGGGUGCAAAAAUGAACAAAUUUUAAUGAGUCCAUUGGAGAGAUGUUACCUAGAGACUGCCAUUGAGAUGCCGCUAGAGGUGGAAGAAGUAUUGUUUAAAAAAGGAAAGAAAAUAGAAAACAUUGACUCAGUUCAUAUACCAACAGUGCUGUUGAUGGUUGAAAAUUUGGUAAAAUCAGAAGUGCAGUUCUAUACUUCACGAGCUGAAGAACAGGUAUCAGACAUAGAAGAAAGUGUGAAAUUUUUAAGGCUGGUUUGCAGGCUCUUGUCACUGUUGCUAGGCAACCAGAUUCUUACACCACAAACUAUAGUUACAUGUAGUCUGUAUGAAAGUUUAGUCCGAGUUUUGAAAAAAGUUUCAAACUCACUUCAAGAAAUUAUCAAGAAAGAUGGAUACUCAAAUUUGUUUUUGAUUGUGAAGGAGUUACGGAACUUGUUUUGUUGGGACGAAGAAAGUUUGUUGGAGAGUAUCGGAGGUAUGGAGGAGUGUCGUAGGAUAAUGUCUGCAGUAUGUAGGUCUGCUACACCAUCAGCACUAGUUACUGUCCUCUUAGACAUUGCAAAUGAAAAGCACUGUACCAACAGACAGGCUAGUAGCACUAGUGCAGACUCUAGUUUAAACCAGUCUAGAUUUAAUAGAGGAGCCAGCAAGCUUCUAGAUGACUUUGAUGAUGAUUUUGAUUUAGAUUUUGAGGACCAGUCUAACAACAAUAAUGCAAUGGAAGUAGAUGAUCUGGACUUUAAUGAUGGACCAGACAGUCAGGAUUCUGAUGAUGUUACUACAACAAAUGAAGUAUGUCAGAGUUUAUGUUCUCCGAGCUUGUUAACAGACAAUCAGCUGUUACGACUUGAGGCGAUAAAGACGUUAUGCGAGUGGGGCAGAUGUGAUGUAAAAAUUCCAGUUAAACUGAAGAGUGAAAUAGAUGUGAAAUACGUAAAGUCAAAGAUUGUCACUUUGUUAGAAGAGGAUGUGUUCGACCCAUGCAGGGCUGUUGAUGUACAAAUGUUGCAGCAGAUUGUGAUGUUACAAGCUGAUACAGAGGAAACUAUCCCUGAAAACAGUCUUCGCACCAUGAUUUCAGCAAUAAGGAAGCUACAAGAAGAGAGUUACACAUCUGAUGUGAGGAGCUGUAUUGCUAAAGCCAUGGAAACUCUUGCACAGUAUGACCCAGAUUGUAAGUGGUCACGUUUUCCAUCAGACCAGGACGAAGAUAGCCCCUCAUCUCAGGAUGAGACUGGUUCCAGUCCUGCUAAUAGACUGGUUGACUGUGCAGGGGAUAUGUGCCAUAAUGUCAGAAUGCAGACUGUGUCUGCUAUAUACAAAUUGUUUGUUGACAUGAACACAGUAGGCAAGCAACCAUUAGACAGGAAUAAGCAGCAUCAAGUAUUUUCUCAGCUCUUCAUAGUGUUAAAUGAUUCUCUAGAACUUCAGGGAAAAUUAUCGCCAGAACGUCUAGAAGAUGAGAGACAAACCAGGAUAGCAGAUAUGCUGAUUGCUCUAGGUACAGUUAUAUGUUCAAGUCCCGUCUGUGAGAAGCUGGUUGUAUUCUCACUGAUGCAGUUUAUCAAGGAGAAAGAUGUUCCUGUAGACAUGGUUAUUAAAAUUCUUCAGAAGGUUUCUAGGAUUUUAGGAUACAAGACACAUGCUAAGUAUACUGAAAGUUACUUCUCUUUCUGUCUACACAAAUGGCUACAGUCAGGGUGGCAUGUGUCAGAGUUUCCGUACAAAUUGUUGGGCAGUGAAAAUAUUGGACAGUUUUACAGGAAGUAUUUAAACAGCAUUAUAGCAGAGUUAGUUUUCAUUCAAGACAUGGACAGUGUAGAAAUCAUAGGCUCAAAUCUUGGUAUUUCACCAAAAGACUUGUUAAAGAACAGCAUACCUUAUACAGUGGUUCAUAUCCUACCAGUGUUUGCUGCUAGUAAACAACUGGGGCAGACGGAUGAUUCCGGAAUAAAGAAGAAAAUUGGUCGUGCUACAGCUUGCUAUAAUCUACUCACCAAAGAAUUGUCAGAAGAGGUUGUAGAUAGGCAGAUUGUUAACAGUUUGGAUGAGAUUGUAGCCAAUCUUCUUAUGUGUUUGUAUGAUACAGAAGCUGAUACUGGCAAUAUCAGGUAAGUUUUCCUCAUAAGCUCUUAAUCUCAAAGUGUACUGCAUAUG